GUUGUCCGUAGCAACAAAGAAUCCGUGAACACUGCGACAUCCGACAUUAUACUAUCAAUAUAUUUUCGUGGUUUAGUCAAAUUAAGAUACCAAAAUGCCAAAGAAAAAGUCAGGCAAACUGUCCAAGAUGACGGAGGAGGAGAGGCUUCUGUAUAUGGAGACACAGAGGCUAGCAGAGGAAGAGAUGAGGAAAAAGAAAGAAGACAUGCUUACUCAGUUUCUAAAGGAUAAACUGUCCAAAGAAGAAAGAGCCUCAAAAUUCAAUUUAUACAAGCUCAAUCACCAAUGGCGCAACAUCAUGAGAGAAGCAAAAUCUAAGGAACUCAAGAAGGACAUUGAGAUCCUAAGUCAGACAUUUGAAAGAAUUGUGGAUAGAAAGGAAAGUGUUAUCAAGUCUCUGGCUAAAGAUUUAUUGGAAGCAGAAGAGCAAUAUGCCAUGGCAUUAAGAAGUCAUUUGCAGAAUGUUGACAAUUUGAUAGCCCUCCAAAACCAGAGGUUAGACACACUGAAAUUGGAAUAUGAGGAAGAAUUGGAAAUGCUAAAGAAGGAGUUUGAUACAGAGAGAGCACUCAUGAUUGAACAGCAUUUGCAGGAAAUGAAUGAUUUGGCAGAUAUUAUGUUUGCUAUGGAGCAGAACUUUAAUGAGCGUGAAAAUGAUGCAAAAUCUGAUUUCCAGAGCCUGAGGGAUGAGAUUAAAAAUAAAAAUUUGGAAGAGAAGCAUGCACUGAGGGUCAAUUUGGAAGGAAAGGUGGAAGGAUUAUGGAAAGACUUUGAGAACUCUUUACAAACUUAUAGCUCAACAACAGAGGAAAGGCGCAAAGCAUUUGAGGAUUUAAAAACUAAGGAUGAAAAAAGUGCUAGUGAAAUAGAAACACAGAUGAGGAAAUUGCAAAGAAUUGCAGAUCACAUUAGUCAGCUGAAAGCAAAGAUGGCACAAAAUGCCAAAGAAAAUGAAGAGCGAAAUAGACACCUUAAAGAGGAACGAGAAGUUAUGGUAGCACACUUCAGAGAACUAAAAUCCCAGAUGAACAAGCUACGUGACUUAGAGAGAGAAAGAUUAACAAAAUUAACGUUGGAAAGCAAUGCAUCAAUAAAGGAACUAAAAAGAGUGUCAGAAAAGGGUGAGCGUAUCCUAAAAUUAGCUGAAAUGAGCAGAAAGUGUGAGACAGAGGAAGAGAAAGUGCUUCCAUUUUAUGCCUCAUCUUUGACACAAGAAGAACAGGAAGAUGUGGCAGCAGCUGUGGCUGAACCACCAUCAGAAAGAUUAGCCUCGGUUAUGCAUGAGUAUGCUGCCUUAGAAAACUUUUGGAAGCGCUAUAACAAAGUUCUACUAGACAAGUGUGCAUUGGACAAGGAAAAGCAUACAUUGGUGGAUGAAAACCAGAAACUGCGCAUGUUGUUGAAGCAGUAUUUGGAUGGUAUCUCUGUGAAUGAUGAGAUUCUGAGCCAAGUGAACCCUCUCUUCAUUGUCAAUAAUCAAACAAAUGUCAAGAUGAACGUCCCUGUAUCAGAUCCCCGUGUGAGGAGACCACAGCACACAGUAGUAGAAGCAGCACAUGUAAUAGGACGAUCAGUGCAGCCAUCUUAGGACUGAAAAAAUCUAAAAUCCCCGUAGUAAAAAAAAAAGGGAGAAAUUUAUCUCAUGAAAACUCAUUCAUGUGCUGAAUGGCAUACAUCACAGGAUUAGGAAAUUUAUAUGAACUAUCCACUUAUUUACUUGUGUACAUGUAUAUCUCAAACAAGAAAUUGAAAGAAAGUUUUUUUACAAUGAUGAUAAGAGUAAAAAAAUAAAUGUAAAUAGGUAUAUGGUACAUGUAAAAAAUAAAAAUAAGAUACAUAUUUUUCCUUCGGUUUUGCUUUGCUAUCAGUUCGACUUAUAUUUUAUGGAUUCCUGAAAGUGUUUGAAAGAGA